AUGGAUCUUCAAAAGUUCAUAUCUGAAAAGUUGCAUGAAACCAUCCACAAUGUUGACAUCAUGGCGAUGCUGCAAAAACUGCUCGAGUCAGCGGAAGGUGAAGAAUCAGAAGCCCUAAAAGGCCAGCUAGGGGACAUAGUGAACCAAUACAACGAAAUGUCUGACCAGGAGAAGGAGAUGUUCCUCACAUACAUCAAGGAGUUGCUGGCGCGAAAAUUGGCCACGCACUUUCAGAAUAAUCCGCCAGAUCUGUCGCAAUUUGAGGACGUGAUGGCGACGGCUGUCAGGGAUCAGAUGAUUAUGAUGGCUGCGGUAGCGGUCGUUGUGCUCAUCGUUGUUGGUACGUGA